CAUGUGACCAGCGAGGGUUGGGUUUAAAGAUGACUGGAAGCCAUCUUGGCCGUUCGCUGUAGAGCCCCAAAAUAUCACAUAGGCCUAACUCUUAACAGUUCGUAAACAAUAAAUAACGAGUGGCGUGGAAUAUAAUUGACAUAAACAGACAUGAGUGCAGCCAGAACAGAGAACUCCGUUAUUCUGGGCUUGACAAACCAAAAUGGCCAGAAGAGAGGCUCUGCAAAGCCAACAGGGGGACCUGGUGGAGCUGGCGGUGGAUCUCAAACAUCACAGCCUGCCCAGAUUAAAGCUUCCAGUGCAGUCAACAAUGGCAACUCCCUGCCUGUGCCCACAGCAAACACUGUCAUCAAACCUGGGGAUGACUGGAAAAAGAAUUUAAAGCUUCCCCCAAAGGAUAUGCGUAUGAAAACUUCUGAUGUAACUGCUACCAAAGGGAAUGAAUUUGAAGAUUACUGCCUGAAACGGGAGUUGUUAAUGGGCAUUUUUGAAAUGGGCUGGGAAAAACCAUCACCUAUCCAGGAGGAGAGCAUUCCCAUUGCAUUGUCUGGGAGGGACAUUCUGGCUAGAGCCAAGAAUGGCACAGGAAAGAGUGGUGCCUACCUCAUUCCCUUACUUGAACGUAUUGAUCUGAAGAAAGACUGCAUACAAGCACUGGUCAUUGUCCCCACCAGAGAACUGGCUCUGCAGGUGAGCCAGAUCUGCAUCCAGGUCAGCAAACACAUGGGUGGGGUUAAGGUCAUGGCAACCACAGGUGGAACCAACCUCCGUGAUGACAUUAUGCGGCUUGAUGAGACUGUGCAUGUUGUUAUUGCCACUCCUGGAAGAGUGUUGGAUCUCAUCAAAAAAGGGGUAGCCAAAGUUAGCCAGGUGCAGAUGAUCGUGUUGGAUGAAGCAGACAAGCUCCUAUCUCAGGACUUUGUGCAGAUGAUGGAGGAAAUUCUGAGCUUCUUGCCCAAGCAAAGGCAAAUUCUGCUGUAUUCUGCAACUUUCCCACUGAGUGUACAAAAGUUCAUGAAUGCUCACCUGCAGAAGCCUUAUGAGAUAAACCUGAUGGAGGAGCUGACCCUGAAGGGUGUGACCCAAUAUUAUGCGUAUGUGACUGAAAGGCAGAAAGUCCAUUGCCUUAAUACCCUUUUCUCUAGGCUCCAGAUUAAUCAGUCUAUAAUCUUCUGCAACUCAUCCCAACGAGUGGAGCUCCUGGCCAAGAAAAUCUCCCAGCUAGGUUAUUCCUGUUUCUACAUUCAUGCCAAGAUGAGACAGGAACACAGGAACCGCGUGUUCCAUGAUUUCAGAAAUGGUUUGUGCCGAAAUCUUGUCUGCACAGAUUUGUUUACGAGAGGAAUUGACAUUCAGGCUGUGAAUGUGGUGAUCAACUUUGAUUUUCCCAAACUUGGGGAGACAUAUCUUCAUCGUAUUGGCAGAUCUGGUCGUUUUGGGCACUUGGGUCUAGCUAUUAACCUGAUCACCUAUGAUGACCGCUUUAACCUGAAGGGCAUUGAAGAGCAGCUGGGCACAGAGAUCAAGCCUAUUCCUAGCAGCAUUGAUAAGAGCCUGUAUGUGGCAGAGUAUCACAGUGAGAGCGCUGAGGAGGUCAAACUGUGAGCAAGAGAGGUAAAGCUAGCAAAGUAUCGUAUAAAGUCUAAAAUGUAUUCUGCAGUUCAGAAGUUAAUGUAUCUAUAUUGCUCGGCCCACACAACAGGUUUUUAGAUUGGGUUUUAUCCCCAACUUGCUCUCUCAAAGUUACUGAAUUGAAGCUAUUUUACAGGUCAGUAGGUUGGCCUAAUAAUAAGCCUCUUGAUAUUUUCAAUCAUAUUUACUAUUUACAACUGAAAACAUGCAAUGUUAAUCAUUUCACACUAGGUUAAUCUUUUUUUUUAACAACUUUUUCAUGCAGAAGCAUUUGACUCUGAUAUUAUUGAUGUAUAACUUCCUGGUAAUUUUGUGGAUAAUCAUCCUCUGCAAAAUCUGGGCCUAUGCUGUAAAGGCACUGUAAAGUUUAUUAUUAUUAUUAUUAUUAUUAUUAUUAUUAUAGUAUAAUUAGUCUGGUGUGCAUGCUUUUACAGUGAAAAAAUUCUAAAAACAGCGUCUAAUGCUCUUAUGCAGUAUAUGGUUGGUUUAAAUGGGAAUUGUGGGGAAUAGUUCUAAUUCUUAUUUGUUUUUGCAGAUCACAAAGCCCCCAGCCACCAUCCCACACUGUCUUUAUUUCUCCACAUUUUUUCCCUUCUCUUUUAUUUUUAUUUUUUGUCUUCCUAUUUUUGUGCCACUGUGAGGAAUUUCUUUGAAACAGGACAAGAAUGGAGGAAAAAUGUCAUGGCCCUUAAAAGGACUGCUGCAUCAUAUAACAUUCUGAAGAUUCUAAAGCACUUGUGAGAGAAGGGUAGAAGAGGAUGUUUGAAGCUAAUUAUCCUAUUUAUUGAUUGUGACUACUUUUCACCUAAAUGAACAUCAGCCACUAGCCCUCAGACCCAGCUUUUUCCAUCCAGCACCUCUUUUUCAUGUAUUUGGUUAUUUGUAUGAAGUGCCUUAACAAGCAGUCGAACUUUGUUAAAAGUAAUAAUGUUUUUCUCCAGACCUUGCCCUUCUCAUCGGUCACCUGUUUUGUUGUUCUUUGUUUACUUUUCAUUUUUACGUUUUCAGGAGAAAUCAUUAUACACCCCUGGUGUGUCGUGUUUUGUUUUUUUUGUUUGUUUUUGGGGGGGAAAUAGACCAAGUAGAUUUUGUGGAGGGAAAGAGCUGCCUCCAAUACAUAUGUAAGGUGUGCAAAAGUGGCCUUUCCUCUCAAACUGGGUAUUGAUUGUGAUUUUUGUGAUGAAAGUGGGACUUGGAUGUUUUCUCAGCAUCUUUCAUGUGCCCCUAAAAUGGCUCAAGUGGCGUUUUCAUUUGUCAUGGAACAUGUGCUUCUAGAGACUGACUCUUUCCAUUUUUCUUCAGUGCUCCAAUAUGACUAGAGCCUUGCUCAGAGACUCAAGCCAGCCUUUCCCUCCUGCUGUGAUUCCUCUGCCGGAUAAAUGUGGAAAUAUUGGAACUUCCCCCCCCUCCCCAUUAUUGUUCCAUUGCAGUUCUCAUUCAUUUUGGGUGGCUACACAUUGUCAUAGAUGUGCCAUUGAAAUCAAUUUUGGCACAAUGUAAACUUUUGUAAAUACUUUCAUUUCAUUUUUAAUGGAUCUUUUAUAAAACAAGCUAAAAGGCUGGAGGGUUAUGUAAGAAACCUCAAAGAUGCAGGCUUCUGUCAGCACUGGAUGGCAUCUCCUUCCCCUUUCCUGAUUCUGUCUAGCGGUCACCUUUUUUUUUUUUUUUUUUUGGUGAUUUAAAAAUCAAGAAGGCUUAAAACUUGAAGUGACGUAAGAUCUUUUGUUAUAUAAAAUGGGAUUCCAGAUUUAUUUUUGGAAGUAUUGGCCAAGUUUAGUUACUGUGCACAAAAUGUCCUUGAACAGUUCAAAGCUUUGCGCCCCCCCCCCCCCC